AUGAAGACCGGUUCACUCUUUGUCAAGGCCGCCGUCAUGGCCACCCUGUCCCUGGGCCACUGCCAGUCCUACGCGCCCGUCUACCCGCGCGACACCGCCGCGACCGCUGUGCGCCCCGUCCUCGACGCGGCCACGUACAACUACACCGUCUUCGAAGGCGGUGUCUUCCGCGUCCUGUCCGAGCAGGCCGCGCAGGGACUCUGCGACGACCACGACACGGACGCCAACCCCCCGGACCCGCUCCCGCCGCGCUCGACGGAGCUCGACAAGAUGUGGCAGCCGUCGAUGGACUUCGACACCGACAGCUGCUACAACGUGCCCGCCAUCGGACCCAACGGGCACAUCGACCGUGGCCGCUCGCGCCACGAGUCCAACACCGAGGGCUGCCGCGACGAGUACGACCUGGACCACUCCAACGUCUACAGUCGCCAGCGCUGCAACAACGGCUGGUGCGCCUACCUGUACGACUACUUCUUCGAGAAGGACAUCGGUGACCGCAUCUGCAUCGGCCACCAGUACGACUGGGAGCACGUGGUCGUGUGGACCAAGGACGGCAAGCCGCGCUUCGGCGCCGUGAGCCAGCAUGGUGGCUGGGACGCCCGCCUGUGGCAGGACAUCCCCCUCGACGGGGAGACGCACGUCAAGGCCGUGUACAACAAGGACGGGCUCAUCGGCACGCAUUACAUGCGCUGGAGCAAGGGCGCCACCGACGAGCCUCCCGAGAACCACAAGGGCGUCUGGUGGCGCAGCGACCUCAUCUCGUGGAACGGCUUCCCGGACCAGGAGCUGCGCGACAACCUCACCGCGUACGACUUUGGUGACGCGACCAUGGCCAUCCGCGACGACCAGUUCGCCUGGCAGCUCGAGCGCUCCGUGUCCGGCAUCAAGAGCAAGCUGGGCGACUUUGUCUUUGACUUUAACAAGGACGACGGAUCGCCUGGCGUGCCGGCCACGUCCUCAUAG